AAACAACACGCACAGACUUCUGGGCCAUUGUUACUUUGCUUGAAAAACAUGGCGGCAUGGUUGUGAUGACUGCUGGUGGAACAUUUUGGUCCGUCGACCACACUAUUGAACAUUUUACUAGAUAUUAAAAAAAGAAGAACACCAAGUCCUUCAAAAGGAAGAAUUAUGGUGGAAAACAGUGAAAGCUGUAAUGGAAGCGUGCAAAUGGUUGAAACAAAGUUAGUUUGUCAACAAACAAGUUCCAAUACUUUGUUCGAUUUGCAACAACAGCCCUCGGCAGCAACAUGCAGUAGGAGUGCAUCUGUAAGCUCUGACGGCGACAAAACUGAGAAACUGCUGAAAGUCCUACAGUUUAGGAAUCCAGGCCCACAGCUAAGCGGUUUUAACCCAGAUCGGAGCAGACGAGAACAGAGAAAAGUUAAUCAAUUUGUUGAGAAAACUUUACAAAAGAAAGAACACACCUCGAGAAGGGCCGAUCGUAAUGGUGCAGCUGGUACUAAACGUCGUAAAAGAACUCCCCCGUCCAAGCAGGCUCGUCAUGAUCGCUCUGGAGUUCGUCUUUCAGACGGCAAAGAUGUGUGCGAUUGCCAGGAUUUGAAUUGCCCAGGUUGCCAUUUCCCAUGCUCGGCGUGUGGAUCGGAGAAAUGUGGCGUGGAAUGCCGUUGUAGCCGAAAAUGGACUUACAUUGACGUAGAAGUGGAAAAUCCAUACCAAAGAUGUAAAACAUAGUCAUCUAAUGCAUGCUUCCUUGAAAUAUUCAUCUAAUGCAUGCUUCGCUGAAAUCUAACACUAUGAAAAUUCCUUGAGAGCCUUAAAUAUUGUACUCUUCUAAACAACUGUGUUCUAAACACAAAAACACAAAGACUUCAAUAUUUUAUUAGAGGCUCUAUAAAGCCCAACAAGCCUCCAAUAAACCCCCAACCUCCUGCUCAAGAUGACUUCAAGCCCUCAUAUCUAUUCCAAAUUCAGGACUGUAAAACAUCAAAAUCAAAAUACUGGAUGGGGCAUGAUAUAGCCUCGUCCCCUGGCUUCUAUUGGCUGAGCGGCAAAACACAUGAAAUCGGGAAACAGCAGCCUGUCUAUGGACUUGUAUGGAAAUAUGUUGAGAUGUCUAUGGCUUAUAAGGGGAACUGUUAUUCGAGUGUUUUAGCAUGAAAUCAGUUGAGAUUAUUAAACUGAGCCUGGUUUUGGUAGAUCAUCAAAGUGCAAGAGUGAAUUUAACAUGAUAUUUUGGGAGUAGGUCUGGAACCCACACAAAGAAUAGCAAUUUUAGUAUAAUAAGGACAAAACACCCCCAUGCAUUUUUUCUUCUGAUGUGGCUGUAUAGUGUGCAACUAUAAUGGUGUAUAUGGAACACAAGGUUCCACUAUCAGUCAGCUGUCAAUGAGUUAACGUGUCAGAAAAAAAUUGCUGAGUGCUGAAUUCAAAUUUCAUAUUCUAAAGCAAAUUAAAUAUCAUUCAGUAUAUUUUACCACCUAAUAUGUUUCUAUUUUUGUUUUACUAAGCUUUGGCACUAAAAUACAGCAUUGUCAUCACAUCGUAGGAAUAAUUUAUGCAGAAGCACUAGAUUAUGGUAAAUUUAAAAUUUUGCACUGAAUGUGAGUGAACAGCAGAUCACAGGGCCAUCAUUGGUGGUGGUGGUGGGGGGGGGGGGGGCUGUCAAGUUCUAUAAUACUUGUGAAUUUAAAGCAAAAAGAACCAGGAAAAUAGUAAGAGAAGGAAAUCACCUGGUAUAUAUGUGCAGUAACUCGUGCAUCUGUUUUUCUUCCUAAGCACCAAACUCAACAACAACAAAAAAGAGUAAUUUUUA